GGUAGAUCUGUACAUUUCGAACCUUCAAAAGAAAAGAAUAAUCAGAAGUUAAAAAGAGAAUGAGAAAGGACCAUGAGUCAGAGAUGAACAAGUUGAACAAAAAUGUGCCCGUUUAUAGACAUGAUAGAUGAUAGAUAUAUCGAAUAAGACAAACAUGAAAGAUGAGCAUGCUGCACUGCUUCUAUAGAUAUGAUAGGAGUCAUGAGGUUCAGAAAAAAGCAAAAUGUAAUUCUAUGUCUACUUGGUGUAGCUUUAUUGACAACCAUAGUAUUAAAAGGUCAUUUUAAUGAUCUAGAAAAUCCUGAAAAUUUACAAUUUGUCUGGAAAGCCACUUUCCCAACACUGAGAUACUUUGAAAAAUCUAUACCAGACCAAAGAGUUUAUCUUCAAGAUCUUGGUGUGAAAGGGAAAAAAGAUAUUUCAACUACAUGUCAGUUUCCUCGACUUUCCCUUUAUAAUGAUGCAAAUAAAGACAAAUUUGAAACAUUGGACCCUCUAGUUUGCAGCUAUGGUAAUGACUUAUUCAAUUUGGAAAACGGGAUUGUGAAAAUGAAUAAAACUGUUUUAAAGACAUCCGCAGAUAAUGCAAAAAUUGAAAAAUGUGAAUAUGUAGCAAUAGAGAGGGUACAUGAUGACUUCUUCACCUAUACAGAACCAGUUGUAAAAGAAAAGCAUCCUUUUGAUAUGAUUAUUCAACAUGAUUUUAUACAAGUAAAAUGUAACUUAUUAAACCCUGAUGAAGAGGCAGCUAAAAUUAAAGCUAAUGAAACAAGAGCUAGAAAAUCUACUGAUUCAAAUGAAAUAACAGACAUGGAGGAAUGGUAUACACAAGAUAAUCCAUUUUUGUAUCAGGAAUAUGGUAUGGGCAAAGAAGAAAAUUUUGACUUUGAUCAGUUUAUAGUUCAAAUAUACCCGAAACCAGAAGUUCUGAAGAGAACCAGCGGUGUAACAUCUGACAAUGGAACUGGACUGAAUGUUCUUAUAAUAGGUCUAGACUCAUUAUCUCAUUUGUCCUUCCAGAGACUACUACCAUUGACAUACAGCUACUUACGUGAUGAAUAAGAUUUUACAAUACUGAAUGGAUAUAAUAUUUUAGGUGAUGGUACAACAGCAAAUGUGAUUCCCUUACUCACAGGUAAAACAGAAAUGGAACUUCCAGAGGUUAGGAAACAUAUGCAUAAAUCGGGAUAUGUGGAUCAGUACCCAUUUAUUUGGAAAGAAUUUGAAAAGCAAGGAUAUGCAACAGCAUAUGCAGAAGAUGAACCUUCCAUUGGCACAUUUAAUUUGCGACUAAAUGGUUUUAAAAAACAACCAACUGACCAUUAUAUGAGACCUUUUUGGCAAGCUUUGUGGCGGUCAACUUUACAUGAAAUUAGUCCACGAUAUUGUACUGGUCAUACACCUCAUCAUCAUUAUUUACUAGGAUACAUUAAAGAUUUUUUCAUCAAAUACAAAAGUAUGCCCAAAUUUGCCUUUCUAUUCAUGGCUGAAUUAACACAUUGGAGAAAUGAUCCUGGUCAGUAUUUAGAUUUAGAUUUUAAGAAAUUUUUCCAGUGGUUCGAACAUUCUGGUGAAUUAGAAAAGACAGUUGUCAUAGUGCUGGCAGAUCAUGGUUCUAGAUAUGGAAAAGUAAGAAGUACUGUUCAAGGAAAAAUUGAAGAAAGAAUGCCAUUGAUGUCUGUACGAUAUCCUAUUGAGUUUCUUGAAAAACACCCCAUGCUAUUAAAAAAUUUAAAAUUGAAUAAAGACAGAUUAGUGACACCAUUUGAUAUUUAUGAAACUGUUGCAGAUGUGUUAGAUAAAUCGAGAUUUUCUACUAAAUCACCUAAAAAAUCACACAGAAUAAGCUUGUCACAAGAAAUUCCAUUCAAUAGGACUUGUAAAGAUGCCCACAUAGAUACACAUUGGUGUUCCUGCUUGUCACGACUUCAACAACAUAUUGACAAUGAAUAUGUCAAAAAGACAGCUGGUAAACUAGUUGCAUAUAUAAACAGAUUAACACUUCCUGUUAGAAAGCACUGCAGAAUACUUAAGCUGAAAGAAAUAAAGUCAGCAUAUCUGAUGAUUCCAAAUGAAAAGGUACUGAAAUUUUUACGAGAGAAAGACCAGGAUUACAGAUAUGCCAAUUUCAGCAAAGAUGCUUUGUUAGACAUAGCUCAUUAUGAAGUCACAAUAGAAACUCAUCCUCAGAAUGGACUUUUUGAAGCAACUGCAGUAGUUAACUUUAAUGAAGGAAGUGUAAAACUCAAUCCAGAUAUAAGUCGAUUAGAUUUAUAUGGCGAGCAACCAUUAUGUGUUCAGAAAAGAUAUCCUGACUUGAGGAAAUUUUGUCUGUGUAAAAAUUACAAGUUAUCAGAGGGAAUUUAAUUAUCAAUUGGAGGGGGAAAAUAUUUGAAUCUCAUGGCAGCUACAUAUUAUUUUUUCAAAUGCAGUUUUAUGUUCCUUAACAUAAACAAACUUGUAUUAAAUCGUUUACUCGUUGAUCAAAUUUAAGUUGUCAAUAAUGCACUGUUGUAUAUGCCAUAAUUUUUUGGUUAAUCCUAAAUGUGGAUUUAUAUUAUAUAUGGGUAAAAUUAUAUUUUAUGAACUAUACAAGUGUGGACACAGAUCAGUGUGGAUAGUAUGAUUGGAUGUUUGACAGUGUUUUAUAUGACAAAAGGAGUUCUAUGUUUUAUGUUUUCUAUGUAUUAACUGUGUUGCACAAUGACAACCAACAUGAGCAUUAGGGGUGUUGUUUAUGUAAUAUUUAGUUUUUUAUGUUCAACACGGGCAGGGAAGAGAUACUAAUUGCAUUAAUUACCAAAUGAUUAUGAUAGAAUAUAUAUGUUCCACAUCUUUGAUUUUGGAUACAUUUUGUAGCUAGGAGAGGAACACAUAAUAGGUUCAUUUUUUUCUUAAUGUGAUUUUUUUAUAUGGGAGAUGGUAUCUGAGAACAUGUAUUUGCUUACUAUUUGUAUGGUUCUAUUUAUAUUACUUUGUGGGGGAUUGUCAGUAUCAUAAGUAAAAGAUUUCGGUUAAAUGUGGAAAUUGUUUCUCAGUUUAGAAGACAUUUAAUGUUUUUUAGUAAUGACAAUGCCUGACAUGAUGAUUGGGGCUAGAUGAGCUAGAAAGUGAAUUUCUGUGUUAUUUUUUAUUAAUUCUUUGAAAAUAUCUCCUCCAAAGCUGGUCAAAGCAAAAAAAAGUUUUGACCAGUAUGAAAAUGAUAUCAACAAAGGAACCUUUGUGAGCAUGCUUCAAAGACUCAUAACUAACUACAGAAGUCAUAUGAUAAAAUGUCAAGUGGAUAUUAUGAACAUCUACUUAAUAUGUCUAAAUAUCUAAAAAGUUUUAGUAUUCAAUAUGAAAAAGCUAUUGCAAAAGUAUUCUCUUUUCAGUUUUUUUUGUUAUAUGGAUACAAAUAUAAGUGAUACCAAUACAGUAAGGCAGUUUUGUUAUGGUAUGAAAGUGUAGUAAUUAGCAUUUACUGUUAAUUCACACAAAUUAAGAAGUAAACAAAUGAAUGAUAAAUGUUGAACAUGUACAAUGAAAUAUAUUUUAGAAAUCAAUUAGGCCAGAUAGGCCUUAUAAA